AGCGACGUGUGUUGCUCGAAUUUUUGCAGUAAAUUUAUUAAAAAAAACCCAGCCAACUCCAAGGAAACUAGCAAAAUGAUGAACUCUCCACCAGUUUUUAUAGACUUGUCCAUGGACGAGCAGGUCCAAGAAUUGAGAAAAUAUUUUAAGAAUUUGGGCGCCGAAAUCUCCUCGGAAAAAUCCAGCAAAGGUGUUGAAGAUGAUUUACACAAAAUCAUUGGUGUUUGUGAUGUUUGCUUCAAGGAUGGAGAUCCAGCACAAAUUGAUUGCAUUCUCAACAGCAUUGUGUCCAUUAUGAUUACCAUUUCCUUGGAUCGUGGAGAAAACAUUAUUUUGGCAUACUGCGAAAAAAUGACCAAGGCCCCCAAUGUUGCCUUGACCAAGGUGUGUCUGCAAUCACUGUGGCGUUUGUUCAACAAUUUGGACACAUCAUCGCCAUUGCGCUACCAUGUCUAUUAUCAUUUGGUCCAAGUUGCCAAACAAUGCGAUCAAGUUAUGGAGGUGUUCAGCGGUGUUGAACAAGUCAAAUCCCAAUUUGCCAAUUGCCCACCCUCAGCCGAACAAAUGCAAAAAUUAUACCGCCUGCUUCACGAUGUUACAAAAGACACAAACAUGGAAGUUUCAGCCAAGGUAAUGAUUGAACUUUUGGGCACCUAUACCUCGGAUAAUGCCUGUGUCGCCCGUGAAGAUGCCAUGAAAUGUAUUGUCACCGCUUUGGCUGAUCCCAACACAUUCCUUUUGGAUCCCUUGUUGGCCUUGAAACCUGUACGCUUCCUGGAGGGUGAUUUAAUACACGAUUUGUUGUCGAUUUUUGUUUCGGAAAAGUUGCCAGCCUAUAUUCAAUUCUAUGAGGACCACAAGGAAUUCGUUACCUCUCAGGGCCUUAACCACGAACAGAAUAUGAAGAAAAUGCGUUUGUUGACCUUCAUGCAAUUGGCUGAAAGUAAUCCCGAAAUGAGUUUCGAUACCCUUACCAAGGAAUUGCAAAUCACCGAAGAUGAAGUUGAGCCUUUUGUUAUUGAGGUAUUGAAGACAAAAUUGGUUAGGGCUCGCCUUGAUCAAGCCAAUCGUAAAGUACACAUUUCCUCCACUAUGCAUCGUACAUUUGGUGCACCACAAUGGGAACAAUUGCGUGAUCUUUUGCAUGCCUGGAAGGAUAAUUUGAGUGCUGUGCGUGAGGGUCUAACACAGGUGUCGGCAGUACAAUUGGAUUUAGCUAGAAGUCAAAAAUUGGUCCAUUAGAAGAGC